AUCGCAUGCCCGUUACUGCUGGGCUCGUCGCUUUGUUUCUCGUGAGCCGGGCUGGUUCUAUUCGUUUGACCUCGGCGUACUCGUUGUCACAGUAGCUUGAGCUUGAGCUUGACCAUGCAGCUGCUCACUCUGGCGAUCCUUGGGGUCGCCAUCUUCGGCUUCGUCGCCUUCCACCUGUACAGUCGAUUCAAGGAUAUUAACCAUCCGGGCAAGGUCCCAGGCCCGACGCUACUACCGUACAUAGGCCGCAUCCAUGACCUUCCGAUCCAACAUAUGUGGCUUAAAUUCAAGGAAUGGGCGGAAGAGUACAGCGGAACGAAUGGGUUCUACCUGACGGAGAUGCUCGGUGCCAGGUUCCUAGUGGUCACGGACGAGAAAGUAGCCGAGGAGCUCCUGGUGAAGCGAGCGAAGCACAAUUCGGACCGGCCGGUGAUAAGGUCUUUAUUCGACUCGAAGAGCACCCAUGGAUCCAUGGAAUAUCUACCCUUGAUGGGAAGAAACCAGUACUGGGCUCGACAGCGUCGGUUUACUCACUCUUAUCUGACCGAGGCGAGUAAUGCCCAUUACCACGGCGUGAUGUACCAUGAGGCCAAGCGCUGGCUCGCCAGGCUGAUCGAGAACCCCGACGACUUCGCCUUCUCGUUAGAGGAUAUGGCAUCCAAGGUGAUGUGCGAGUUGACGUGGGACGACCCGGAUCUGAGCGAGUACUGCACCAAGAGCGCAUGGGGCCUCUUGACCCAGAUGUCGCCGGCAGGGCCUCUCACUAAUGUCUUGACGCCCCUGUGGCAUCUACCAACGAUAGUAAACCCAUGGAAGAUCGCCGAGCACAAGCGGCACGACGAGCAGCAAGCGUGGUGGAUGGAUCGGCUCCAGACUACCCGCGCGAAGUUAGCCCGAGGCCAACAGAGGUCAUGCUUCACCCGCCAGUACCUCGAGAGAGGAGAGAAGCGGUCUAACAUCUCGGGCGACUACGAGGCGUCAUCUGUUAUCGGGAUGAUGGCGUUGGUGGGCAUCUUUACAGUCGCCGGUCCCCUAUACUACUGGUUAGUGAUAAUGAUCCAUCACCCGGAGUGGCAAGCAGCCGUGCAAAAGGAGGUCGACGAGGUUUGCGGCGAGAGGCUCCCGACCUUGGACGACACGCCGAGGCUACCUGUGCUUCGGGCCUGCAUCAAAGAAACGAUGCGAUGGAAGCCAAAUGUACCGACCGGCGUCGCACACGAGAUGGAGGCCGAUGAUGUAUUUCGGGGGUAUUUCCUGGCUAAGGGGACGAGGAUCCUCCCUUUAGACUUGGCGUUCCUCCGAAAUCCCGACAAGUACCCCGACCCGGAGAACUUCCGGCCAGAGCGCUGGCUAGAGCGCGGGUGGCCGACAUACCAGGAGCCCCUGAGCACGUAUCCGACAAUCAAAGGGAUGACUUCGUUCGGCUGGGGCCAGCGCCAGUGCUUAGGCCAGACGCUCACGCAAGACGAACUCGUGGUCGCGUGCGGCGCGCUGAGCUGGUGCUUUAACCUCAGGCCGAAGACAGAUCCGGCGACGGGCGACAACCUCCCGGUUCCCCUCGACAAGUCAAAUUCGCUCCUGAUCAUCAAGCCCGACCCGUUCGAGAUGGCGUUCGAGCCGAGGAGCGAAGCUAAAAAGGAGGAGGCGCUUCGGUUAUGGGCAGAGUCGGAUUCGAGAGACAAGCAGGCUCGGCGGGAAUUUCUUAGGGCAGCGGCUGGGAGAACAGAGAAGACCGAGGCUUUAUAACAGAGAGUCGCUGGUUUGACAGGAUGAGGCACGGGACACUACGUCUCCGACGCCAAGAGCAGGAUGAAAGCGAAGGUCGGGUUUACAUUUGGUACCUACACCCAGCUAAUCCCCCGCACUCAUAGCACAAUGACACAGCGUCACACCUAAUGG